AUGGCCAUCGCUCAGUCUUCGCUUGCCCUUCUGUUCGUUGUGGCGGCCGCCUCCAACGGCCUUUCCGAUGCCUCUUACCUCCGCAACCUGGGCGGCACCACCAUCGCCACCAACGUCAAGACGUACACGGCGUACGGCGACUACGCGUCCGCCAUGCUGGCGGCCGUGAACAAGCAGCGCGCCACGGGCGGCCUCAAGCCCCUGUGCCUCAACAAGAAGCUGCACGCCGCCGCGCAGCGCCACUCGGACGACAUGGCCGCCAAGGACUUCAUGGCCCACGACGGCUCGGACGGCUCGACCAUGUCGGAGCGCAUCACGCAGGCCAGCUACUACCAUGUCAAGUACUCUCGAAUCCCAUCAAAAACGCAGCUCUAUGUGGUGGUGGUGGUUUGA